AUGUCGUCGUCGUCGUCGUCGACGUCGUCGACGCGACGGAUCAGAGCUCGCGGCGUCCCCGUCGCGCCUCUCCGCGUCGCCGCGUCCAGAGCGUCGUCCCCGCGCGCGUCGACGACGACGACGACGCGCGCGGCGGCGACGCCGAACGACGACGCGGACGUCGUCGUCAUCGGCAGCGGCGUCGGCGGCCUCACCGCGGCGGCGAUGCUCGCGUAUUACGGCAAAAAAGUCCUCGUCCUCGAGUCGCACUACGCCACCGGCGGCGCCGCGCACGGGUUCGCGCGGAAAACCGCCGUCGGCGAGUUCCGCUUCGACACCGGGCCGUCGUUCUUCGCCGGGCUCACGACCCCGAACGCGCUGAACCCGCUCGCGGCGGUCCUGACCCUGCUCGGCGAGCCGCUCGAGACGGUCAAGUACGAUCCGCUCGGAACGUUUCACAUGGAGAAGGGCAAGCCGGGGCUCCGACGGCACGCGGACCUCUCGAAGCUCGUCGCGGAGGUGGAGCGAUUCUCCCCGCAGGGCGCGAAGGAGUUGAGCGCCGCGGUGCCGAAGAUACGGACGAUGUACGACGCGCUGUCGCAGCUGCCGACGCCGGCGCUGCGAGCGGAUUGGAAAGUCGGGAUAAUGAUCGUCUCGCGGUACAUGAAAGCCAUGGCGGGGCUCGGGCCGUACGCGCCCGUGCUGCCCAACCCCACCGUGGGCCUUCUCGACUUUCUCGGCAUCAACGAUCCGUGGAUGCGGCGGCUCGCGGACUUGGAGUGCUACCUCCUGAGCGGCGUGGACGCGAGCGGGACGGUGGCCGCGGAGUUCGCAGCCGUCUUCGGCGCGAGCGACGAUCUGAAGCAGAGCGAGUUCCCCGUGGGCGGCGCGGAGGAGAUCACGAACGCGCUCGUGAGGGGGCUCGAGAAGCACGGCGGGGAGGUGAGGUUGAAAACGCACGUCGAUAAGGUGUUACUGGAUCGGAAGGACGGGAACAGGGCGGUCGGCGUGAAGCUGAAGAGCGGCGAAGAGAUCCGAGCGCCCAUCGUGCUGUCCAACGCGUCCGUGUGGGACACGUACGAGCACCUCAUCCCCGCAGACGCGGUGAGCGCGAAAGAGCGAAGCGAUGCGCUCGGAAUCCCGUGCAGCGAGUCGUUCAUGCACUUGCAUCUCGGGAUCGACGCGAAGGGCUUGGAUCUGAGCGCGCUCGGCGGCCACCACGUCGUGAUCCGCGACGAGAACGCGCCGAUAUCGACGCCGGGAAACGUGUGCAUGAUCUCAAUCGCGUCGGUGUGGGAGCCGAGCAUGGCGCCGGCGGGGCAUCACUGCGUGCACGCGUACACGAUGGAGCCGUACGAGGGGUGGGAGCGCGGGGAAGGGUACGCGCAGAAGAAGAUCGAGCGGAGCGCGAAGCUGUACGAGGCGCUGGAGAGGAUAAUACCGGACGUUCGCGAACGAGUCGUUCACGAGGAGAUCGCGUCGCCGCUGACGCAUCAGAAGUGGAUGCGGCGGCACAAGGGAACGUACGGCGCGGCGAUCCGCGCGCCGGACAUGUUCCCCGGGCCGAGCACGGGGGUGAAGGGGCUGUACAGGGUCGGGGACUCGUGUGCGCCGGGGGUGGGGCUUCCCGCCGCCGCGAGCAGCGGCGUGAUCGCCGCCAACACGCUGACGGACCUCGACGCGCACUUCAAACUCGUGGACGAAGUCAACGCGAUCGCCGCCGCCGCGGGGCGGUGA